AUGCCAAGAGAUCGAGUUAAGCAUCGUUCCGAUGAGGCAUCCCAUGAGGGAAACGGAUCUAAUCAUGAAUCCGUCGAAGAGGCUGUAUUCAAAUAUGUUGGUGUGGGACUGCAAAAUGAUGAUGAUGCGAAAGGUGGGAAAUCCUACGAUGGGCAGAAGGACGAGAAUGAUGAAGAGGUGAAAGUGCACAACGGCGAUGGCGCUGAAGUUGGCGGUACUGCGGGCGGCGAUGACGACGACAGUCAUAAUCAAGAGAUGGAUUGGCUAUUCAGACAUGCCCAGGAGGAAAGUACGACCUCGCCUGGGGGAUCUAACCGCGAGCCACAAUCAGUCGCAUUGGCGGCUGUUGCUGCUGCUUAUGCUUCUAGUGGGAAAAGGUCUCAUGAGGAACGUCAAACCGAUUCUGGAAAUGGCUCUAGCAGUCGCCAUGGAGACAGGUCCCACAAACAUAAGAGUAAAUCUAAGCACAAGAAGGCUAAAUUGCAGUUAGCUGUUGAUCCCGAGUUGGCGACUUUAGACGAUACAGAUAUUACUGAGCACGAUCAAUUAGUAAGGAAGGCGAUCAUUGAUACCAAUACAAUUGCACAGCAUCCAGACUUUCAACAGUAUUUGAAUACUGAACAUGAUCCACAUAGAUUGAAAGAUGGCUUAAAAUCGAACGAUAAGUCGUUGUCGCAGAGCAAUGAUGAAGAUCACGAAGAUGGUGUUGAUGUUUCCAAGACAUCAGGAGACAGUGCAAAUAUGCUUGAUCAUCAUCAUCAUAAUGAUGAUGAUGACCUUGAUGAUGUAACGAAACAGUAUUCCGAAUUACAAAAACAGGAUGGCAUGGAAAAUUCUACUUUAAAGUCCUUGCAAAAGAAAGAUUAUAGGGAAGUACUACCAAAAGUCAUGUCUUCAUCCGAGAUAAGCGUCGAUACGGAUGUUUCACAUUUAAUUCAAUCCGCGGCAUCCAAGGCAUCCGAAAUAAUUGGCAGUACCGCGCAAUCAAGUGGUAAAUCAUUUGAUGGUGCAGAGGAAGCUGCCCUUGAACAAUUCAUUACUGAAUAUCAAACAAUAAAAAAUUUGGACAGACAACAGAUAUGUGAGAGAAUUUGGAGUAAUGAACGUCGCAAAGAUGAUUUUUGGAGUAAUAUAUGUAAGGUUUUACCCUAUAGAACAAGAUCGUCCAUUUACAAGCAUGUGCGUCGAAAAUAUCAUAUCUUUGAGCAACGUGGUAAAUGGACAGCUCAAGAAGAUAGAGAAUUGGCAAGAUUAUGUAUUGAAAAAGAAGGUCAAUGGUCUGAAAUUGGUAAAGCUUUGGGAAGAAUGCCAGAAGAUUGUAGAGAUCGUUGGAGAAAUUAUGUCAAAUGUGGUUCGAAUAGAGCCUCUAAUAAAUGGUCUUUGGAGGAAGAAGAAUUGCUGAAAAGAGUGAUUAGCGAAAUGCUAGAUGAAGCGCAAAGAUCGCAUCACGCCAGGGAGGAUAUCGGUAUUGAUAGUGAUGAAGAUGAUGAAGAUGAUGGCGAAAAGAAAUUGGAGAACAAUGGCAAUAAACCAUCAUUCAAGGAUGCUAUUAAUUGGACGGUAGUUAGUGAACGCAUGGGUGGUACCAGAUCAAGAAUUCAAUGCCGUUACAAAUGGAACAAACUAGUCAAAAAGGAAGCGAUCGCAAAGAUUCAAUCAAUUGGUGAAUCUGAGAAGCGUUGGAUAAUGGAAAAACUAAGAGACCUGGGAUUUACAGAAGAUUCGCAAGUUGAUUGGGAAGAAUUGGCCACUUUGAAACCUGGACCAAAAUGGACAGGUACAGAAUUAAAAUUAUGUUAUGAAAGAAUGAGAAGCGGAGUUAGGUACCAUAAACAAAAAUCUAUUAACGAAAUCUCUAAAGAAUUACUGGGGUUGCUAGAUGGUACAAUUCCUCUAGACUCAAAGCCAAAUUGA